CACAUUCUCACAUUAUGGAAGGAAUUUCUCGAACACUUCCUUACACUAUAAGAUUCGUUGGUCUUCUUGGCAGUCACUCUCUUGGUAGAAAUCCAAAGUUUAUGGCUACUGCGGUAGAUUUAGGAAGGGAAUUGAUAAGGCGAAAGAUUAAACUUGCCUAUGGAGGAGGUAGUGUUGGCCUUCAAGGAGCAUUUGCUUCAACAGUCUUCACCAAUGGUGGUCUCGUUACAGGUUUCAUUCCUGGGUACAUAGCAAUACGACGGGUCUACGGACCUACAUAUGGCGUAGAGCACACAGUUUCCAGCAAUUACUACAAAUAUUUUGAGAUGAAUCAUGCUGUGGAAGCUUUCAUCGUUCUUCCCGGAGGAGUUGACACUAUGGAAGGUUUGUUGACCUUGAUCUCGUGGGCUUCUGAAGGGUUACACAAUAGACCCAUUGGUCUCUUGAACAUUGACGGUUAUUUCAAUAACCUAAUCAAAUUUCUAGACGAUGCAGUGAGGCAGAACUUCAUGUCUUUGAGUCAUAGAAAACUUUUCAUUUCUUCUUUCUUUGUUGGUGAGCUUUUAGACAAAUUAGAGUUUGCUAAAGCUUUCCCGGGACCUGGGGUUAGUUACGAUGAGUUUGUGAAUCCUGGAAGACUAGACUUGGAAUUGCAUUUAUAACUUUCUUCACGUAAUCCAAGUUGUAUUUUGUGUUUAAAUAAUAUUAUCCAUAAACAUCAAUGAGGGACACGAGAGUUGUGCAUGUGAUUGACAAUAUUUUUUUUUAAUUCAAAUUUUUGAUCCGAAGAUCGAUUUUAAAACCAUUUGCUCUGAUACCAAAUUGUGACACCCUAAGCCGCCCAGGUCUGCAGCCCCAUCCGGACUAAAGUAUUUAACUUCGUAAUCGUAAAAUUUAAAACUUUUCAAACACACUUUAUUAAUCUCAAUAAUAUUUUUCAUAACAUAUACAGUACGGAGUAUUUAACAAUAUUGCGGAAGCGAAUUUAAUAUUGACAUAUCAUAAAUCAUUUCAAAACUUGUCACAUCCAUCCCGACAAUCUCGCCCCAUCUGCCGCCAGGAUCACAUUAAUCUUUCUGUUUACCUGCGUGUAGCAAAUAAAACACACUACACGCU